GGUCCACUUCCUCCUUCCCUCCCCUCCUCCAGACGGGAUGCUGAGACCACUGCUGUUGGUCCUUCUUGCCGUUGCUGCAUGCGGCGCAUCCGGCCACCGCGGCGGCAUCGAGCCCGACCCUGCGUUGGUGUCGAGCACCUUCCUCAGCAUCACCUCCUCGCCCAGGAACUACUCCAUUGCAGUUGAAGGGGCGGCGGCAGCCAGUAAGGAAGCCGAGGGAAAGGAUGCUGCUGUUGGAGGCGAGACGAUGGAUGGCCCGCUGCCGGUGUCAUCGAUAAAGCAGAACAUAUCGCUCAUCAAGAGCAGGGGGCAGACAGAGAAUGAGGCUGCCGAGCCGCCAUUCAACCCCGAAGAGGCGCAUGAAAUGCUCAUGGAUAAGGUCAGAGAGAUGCGCAGAUGCCAUCCUAAGUCCAUGCUCCAACGAUUUCUCUCUGUGUGCUCAUGCCUGUCCCAGAAUCAGACCGUGAUGAGCUUUGUGGAGGCUGACGGGGGGGUGGAGAUAGCGGUGGAGCAGCCCCCCUUGAUGCCCCAGAUCCCCCCACGACUCAUGACUAGGCCGCCACGGAUCCUGUCAUCAGAACAGGGCGGCCCCAACAACACAAACGACUUCGUCGAACAAGGUAGCAAUGGCAUUCCCCCCGUCUAUGUGUCUUCUAUCCUGCGCCGCGUUGCAGAGAAGGAUGUGGGCAGUGCUCAUUUCGGGUUUGGUCGCUUCUCGAUGAACCUCGGAAGAAGCCAGACCCGCGGGCGUGAGGUCAACGCCUUCCAAGCGGACUCUCUGCUCGGCAUCGACUUCGAUAGGAGGUCCGCGAGCCGCACAGUAGACGACAAGACGUGUUUGUCCAUGCGACUUUGCAGGUAUUUCCCCACGUCGCGUCACCCUUCAGAGGCGGCAUUUGUGGUCAGUCAGCACUCACCGAGACAAACAAGACCUCUUCUGUACCUCGUUUAUCCAUCGGUCGUUACGCGUGUCUCCCACUCACUCAGUUGACGCCGCGUGACGACGGCCGUCGCGUGGGGGUGUGGAUGAUCGACUGCUACAACAAGACCUGCUGCGUGCCCGACGGAUGGGACAGCGACCUCAUCAUGUCGUGGCUCCCAUACCCCAAACGUACCGUACCCCCACCCAUCUGGCCUUCCCACACCCCUCUCCGUCGUGCUGUUUGUUCCUUUGGCCUGGCCUCAGGUGCAUGGAUAGCCGAGACAGGCUCUGCUCGCGUACCUGAGAGCGGUUCUUUCCCCUGGAAGACGGUGGAGAUCCCUUUCAGAUACAAGUACACCGAGGUGCCCAUCGUGUUUGUGACGGUGCGGACGAGCGGCGACUUCCAGGGGGUCAUCGCCCACACUUUGGGACGGGUGGAGACGGACCGGUUCUUCGUGCGGCUGCAGCGGGUGGACCUGAAUGUCGACGUCUCCUCCUGCAGGGAGCAGGGCUGGACGGACAUCGACCAUGUUUAUGUCGACUGGAUGGCACUCCCAGCCGAAUGUACGGACGUUUGUGCGCAUUCCUGCAGGGGGGAGGGGAGCGGCAUCCACGUAUCGUAUGUGUGUCGCUUUUGUGUCCAUCCAUGCAGCGGCCUUCUCUAUGGAUUUCUCCACAUAUGAGCUGUACCCGGUUGGCGGCGCUGUCCGCGGCCGCGACAAGAUCCGGCUGAAGAUCCCGUCAGGCUUCGCCGACUUCGUCGGAGUUGAGAACCGCACCCAGGUGGCCAUCAACAUCGCCAGGGAGACCCUGAAACUCGAAAUCACAUUCCCCAAAGGACAAGAAUUCAGCAAUGCACCAACAGUAGGCUUGCAGAGACAGGCAGAGAGAUUUGUAUCCCACCUUGUAUGUGUGUCCCUCGGUGUGUAUGGUGUAGGUGUGGGCGACGGUGGAGCUGCCCCAUCCGCUGGGAGUGGCCAAGGACGAGGAGCAUGAUGCGGGGCCUAUUGCUGCCGUCAGCGUGCAGAAGGUCACCACAUCGGGGUUCGUCCUCAACUCCAGAAGACUGGACUCACGUAAGGCGGACAGGACAGCUGCUGUCUCCCAUGGUGACUGACAGUAACUCGUUGCCCUCUCUCUCUCUCUGUGUUUGUCUCUGUGUGUGUGCGUGUGGGUGUCAGAGUUUUCUUGGUACCCGUAUAACGCCAUUGUGCACUGGAUGGCCAUCGACACAGGUGAUGUGAGGGGAGAGGGGCGAGACACAACCUUCGGUAGGAAUGUGUUUGUGUCUCCGCCUGCCUUGUGUGUGUCCAUCCAUCUGUCUGUCUUAGGUCUGUGCACCUAUCCUGACCCCGACGACCAGCCCUGGUACUCCACCUUCGGCUUCGGAGCCGACAGGGAAAGAAUCGGAUGCACCACGCCAACACAGUGACCACCCCACCCGCCGAUCGCAUGAUCUCUCUAUCGCACUGAUGAACUUUGCUGCCGCUGUCGGUUAUGCUAUGCUGCGUGGCGUGUGUCUUGCUUGGGUGGGUGGAUUCUUCGUGUGGUGUGGACAUAUGACUUACACAAAC